AUGCUUUCCCUGGCACAUUUUUCGGUGGAUAACUCGUCGUUGUCCAAUCUUGAGGAUUAUUAUCGGAGACCUAUCCAGCUUGCUGGUUCCGUAUUUCUCAUUUCUGGGCUUUUCCUUGUCCUCGCAUCUCUCAUUUGCACAUUGCUUUCCGUCAAGGAGCCGGCUGGCAUCUAUGAGAAAUCGCCGUAUCAGACGAUGCCUCCCCCUGCAUAUCCCGUACUCGAGAACCGGUACACGCAAAUGGCAAGGAUGUUCAGCCCGCAUUCUGAGUUAAAACUCUACCCGCCUGUGUUAGUAUUUCUUACCAUCGCAAUAGAAUCAGAGUAG